UGCGGUAGACACCUAGAGUGCAUUAGUGCAGAUUGUGUACAGUGCUGUAGCUUAUGACCGAUAGGGAGGAACAGCUACCGGACGACCGGAUCUUGCGAUCGGCAAGGCGCCCAGCAACCCACUUGGCAUUAGGACCAGAGGGCGACAGACAUCUGUUCCGCCAGCUUAGGGAGAGGCAGCAGCAGCAGAGGAGGGCUAGAGCGGCAGAGGCUAGCAGGGCACUUAUGAGUGAAGCCGCAGCUUCAGAAGCCAUGGCCACCGUAGUGCAGCAGUCUACUCAGGCCGGUAGUUCAGGGUCUGUUGGGUCAACGGUCGCGCAGACCCAGAGUCAGUCCACUGGCGUCAUGGCGAGCCAGCCACAAGUGUUAACUCCCGAUGAGAUCGCCAUACAACAGGCAGCAUUGCAGGAGGCACAGCUACGUAAGGCGAACCAGUUGGCAAGUCAGGCCAACAUCAAUAUGCACAACUUUCCUUCGUUUAGCAAGAUGGCCCUAGACCUUGAGGCGAAGAUAGGGCAUGGACAGACACCCACUACGGAUGGAAGGAGAAAGACACUGGCUCCUAACUGGAAGGCGAAGGGGCGCAUGAUGUUUAUCGAUAACGAUGGUUCAACCAUCGAAUUAGACAAACACUUCCAGGAAGGAGUAGGUUCAGAGGCUGGCAGCGCAGAAGCUUCAGAGGGUGAAGUGGUCGCUGUCGUAACUCGGAAAGGGGUUGUAGAGAGGGAGGUUGUCCGCGCGAUAGAGAUUAUCCCAGGGUCUAGUAUCCCAAAGGGUAGUGUCUAUUGGAUGUCUCCAGGCGAGCUCGAUGAGCUUCGCCGACAACUCAAGGAACUCGCAGAGAAGGGUUGGAUCCGGCCGAGUGUCUCUCCUUAUGGAUCUCCAGUACUAUUUGUACGUAAGAAGGAGGGUACACUUAGGAUGUGCAUUGACUAUAGGGGCCUCAAUGCCAUCACUGUAAAGAACAGAGAGCCCCUACCUCGCAUCGAUGAUCUGCUAGAUAGAGUGCAAGGGUGUCGGUACUUCAGUAAGAUAGAUCUGAAGUCCGGGUACCGUCAGAUUGCAAUCCGGCCCAAGGAUCAACACAAAACCGCCUUUCAGACCAGGUACGGUCUGUACAAGUUUGUGGUGAUGCCUUUCGGCCUAUGCAAUGCUCCUGGCACCUUUCAGCACGCUAUGAAUCGAAUAUUCCAUGACUACUUGGAUAAGUUUGUCAUCGUGUACCUCGAUGACAUACUUAUUUUUAGUACGACUGUCGAGGAGCACGUUGCACAUUUGGACAAAGUCCUCAGUCUCUUGCGACAGCACAAGUUCAAGAUCAACGGUGAGAAGUGCGAGUUUGGCCGCACCCGUGUCUUGUACUUGGGUCAUGACAUCUCCGCGGAAGGGUUGAAGCCCGAUGACGCGAAGGGGGCCAGCAUUCGUGACUUGCCGCGUCCUCAAUCUGUGACUGAGAUGAGAUCUUUCUUAGGAAUGACAAGCUACUAUAGGACUUUCGUUAAGAACUAUAGCAUAGUGGCCGCUCCUUUGACUGAUCUGACCCGCCUUGACACCCCAUGGGAGUGGACAUGUGAGUGCGAGGCUGCUUUGAGGCAUCUGAAGCAUCCGUUGACGCACUACGAGGUCUUGAAACUCCCUGAUCCUGAUAAGCCGUUUAUAGUCACCACGGAUGCCAGCCAAUAUGGCAUUGGCGCCGUGCUCGUGCAGCAGGAAGGGCCAAAGUUGAGGCCUGUAGAGUACAUGUCCAAGAAAAUGCCGUCUCAGAAGUUGGCUAAGUCCACCUAUGAGAAGGAACUCUAUGCAGUUUACAAGGCUCUGACCCACUGGAGGCACUAUCUCCUUGGGAGGUUCUUCAUCCUCAGGACUGAUCAUCACACCCUGAGAUGGAUGAGAACUCAGCCAGUACUCUCUGACGCUCUCAAGCGUUGGAUCGAAGUCAUUGAGCAGUAUGACUUUGACCCUCGGUAUUUGAAAGGGGAGUACAACAAGGUUGCUGAUGCCUUGUCGUGUAGACCUGAUUUCUCAGGUGCCUUGAUUACUGAGUUUGAUCUGACGGACAAUGACAAGAAGACCUCUGCCGAGUUUGAGUUGGUCAAUGGCUUGCUGUUCCUUGAGAAGGCAGGGAAUAAACGAUUGUCUGUUCCUAAUAGUGAGCCCUUGCGUAGUUUGUUUUUAGGAGAGUGUCAUGAUGCCACCGGUCAUUUUGGGUACAAGAAGACCGCAACCAAUCUGCUGCAGCGAUUCUGGUGGUCCACGAUGAUGCGAGAUGCCCAGCUGUACGUGGAAACUUGUCAAGUAUGUAUGAGGGACAAGCCACGUACGCAGGCUCCUCUUGGGCUCCUGAAGCCCCUUCCGAUUCCGGAAAGGCCUGGUGAGAGUUUGUCCAUUGAUUUCAUGGAUACGCUGGUCACCAGCAAGAGUGGGAUGAGACACAUCUUCGUUAUCGUGUAUAAAUUUAGUAAGUAUGCUAGGUUAGUAGCAAUGCCGGAAACAGCAAGGACGGAGUAUGUGAUCAGAAUGUUCAAAGAGAACUGGGUCAGGGACUUUGGUUUACCGAAGUCUAUCAUCAGUGACAGGGAUGUCCGGUUUACCAGCGAGUUGUGGAAGGUCGCUGCUGCAGAGCAGGGAACUCAGUUGCAAAUGACUUCUGGGAAUCACCCGGAGGCCAACGUUCAGGCUGAGCAACUGAACCGUGUUGUUGGGGACAGAGUCUGGGUUAAGUCCUCAGAACUCGAACAGGAGCACGGGAUCUCCUGCAAGCUCAUGCCACAGUACUUUGGACCUUGGGAAGUAUCAGACAUCGUUGGGACAGAUCUGGAUGGGCCAUCUUAUGUUAUCCGGAUCCCUGGUCAUCUUCGAACUUACCCUGUCUUUCACGCCUCCAAGCUUGCGCCUUUCAAGGAAACUGAGGAGUUUCCUUCUCGUCGCUCAAUGCUGCCCCCAACCAUGGAUGGAGAAGUGGACAUCGAUGACAUUGUGGAUCACAGGGAGCUGCGCGCUCAGAGACCUGCAGGGAGGGGACGUCCUCCGAAACCGAAGCUGCAGUACAGCGUUCGGUUCAAACAUCAUACUGAUCCCAAGGAGGACCGUUGGUUCACGAGGGAAGAACUCAUGCAGACCGCUCCUCAAGUUGUAGCCCACUAUGAGAAAUCUCUGCAGAAGGGAAAGCGCCCCAUGAUUGAAGAGUGAGCUUCUCAGAGGACUGUUGAAGCUAAGGAGGAGGGAAUGCGAGGCCACUGCCUCGAUGAGCCCCAUAAGGCCCCAUUUUGCAGC